AUGAAGUUUUCGCACAGCAUUCAGUUCAAUGCUGUCCCCGAUUGGAGCAACCACUAUGUCGGCUACAGCAACUUGAAGAAGCUCAUUUUCAACCUCGAAAAGACCCUGCAUCAAACCGGAACCGGCGACGCCGAGUCGAGACCGCUCCUCCAAAAUGAAGAUCCCGAAUCCGUCUUCGCUCGAGCUCUCGAUGUAGAAUUAGAAAAGAUCACGUCCUUCUACCAGAUCAAAGAGAAGGAAAUCUUGGAUGAGGUCGAGACACUUCUGCGCGACAUUGGUUCUUACGAGGAGAACGGGGAGAACGGCUUCGACGCGGCGCCUAAACCCCCCUCCGGACCCAGCGCCGACCAUGUCAGACAAGUCGCCAGUGGUAGGGGCGCCCGCAGCGCCAGCGCCAGGUCCACUGAGGACGGUGUUGAAGACAGCGACAGCGGCGACGACGACGACGAGACCUCGGCCUUGACCAAGAAGCCGCGGUCGGCAUCGCGGCGCAAGACGGUGCCCAACGUCAUGCUCGCCUCUACCGACAUGUCGGCAUCCACUGAAUUUCCACGAUCGGCGCGGCGGGCCAGUCUGGCUGCCUACGAUGAUUAUGCCGAGAUCGGUUCCAAGUUUUCGUCGGGCAUUAUGAUCAAGAAGCGCAUCAUCGCCUUGUACGUCCAGCUCUGUGAGCUCAAGUCGUACGUACAACUCAACCAGACCGGCUUCCGCAAGGUCCUGAAGAAGUUCGACAAGAUCAUCGACAGGAAUCUCCGUCCUAAAUACAUGUCCAACGUUGUUGAGCCCGCUUACCCCUUCACGCGGGACACGCUAGAACGGCUCGACGAGAACAUCGGCGAGGUGGAGAGCGCCUAUGCCGCAAUUGUCACUGAGGGAGAUCUUGAACUUGCCAAGAAGGACCUUCGUUCUCACCUCAGAGAACACGUUGUCUGGGAGCGCAACACGGUCUGGCGUGACCUGAUUGGUAUCGAGCGGCGCGCUGAGGCUGCCAGCCUCGGUCGAGGUCUGCUCGGUGCCCAGAACGAUGGAAUGAAAACACGACUGCAAGGAGAUGACCUCCCAGUUCCUCCUACCAAGGAGAUCGAGACACCCCUAGGACGUUUGACCUGUCCGACAUGGGUCUUUGGAGGACCUAUGAUUAAGCUGCUCGUCAUCAUCGCUAUUUUCAUAGUCUUACUUGUUGUGCCUAUCAUGACACUACCAGAACAGCAAAACUGUUUGGCCAUGUUGGUUUUUGUCAGCUUACUAUGGGCAACUGAGGCUAUACCCCUUUUCGUCACAUCUCUGAUCAUCCCGUUCCUAUGCGUCGUCCUGAAUGUCGUUCGGGCCGACGAAGCUCCUAACCAAAGACUGGACUCGAAAGCUGCUGCCGCCUACAUCUUUUCUGCUAUGUGGACUCCCGUCAUCAUGCUGCUGCUUGGUGGCUUCACGGUUGCCGGUGCUCUCUCCAAAGCCAAGAUCGACAAGCGCAUCGCCACUUUUGUUCUUAGCAAGGCCGGCACGAAGCCGAGAACUGUCCUUGUAGCCAACAUGUUCGUAGCUGCUUUUGCUAGCAUGCUUGUCAGUAACGUUGCGGCACCAGUACUGUGCUUCUCUAUCAUCGAGCCCAUGCUGAGAAACCUGCCUUCUGAUUCCAACAUGUCAAAGGCUGUUAUUAUGGGCAUUGCGUUGGCCUCCAAUGUCGGUGGAAUGCUGUCCCCUAUCGCCUCACCACAAAACGUUGUCGCAUUUGGCUUCAUGGAACCGGCACCUACCUGGGGACAGUGGUUCUUCGUUGCCAUCCCGGUUGGGAUCCUCUCCAUCCUCUGCAUCUGGGUCCUGCUUCUCGUGACGUUCAAGCCCGGCAGGGGCACGACUAUCGUGCCGAUCCGAACGAUGAAGGAAGAUUUCACGAUUGGGCAGUGGUUCGUCUCGAUUGUCUGCUUGGCAACCAUUGGUCUGUGGUGCGCGAGCCAUCAACUCGAGUUUGCCUUUGGUGACAUGGGUGUCAUUGCAAUCAUUCCGAUCGUCAUCUUCUUCGGGAUUGGCAUCCUGACCAAGGAAGACUUCAACAACUUUCCGUGGACCAUCAUCAUUCUGGCUGCCGGUGGCUUGUCCCUCGGUAAGGCCGUCAAGUCUUCUGGCCUGCUGCACACGGUGGCCGAGGGCAUCUCGUCGGAGGUGAACGGCAUGAGCUUGUAUGGAGUCCUGCUCAUUUUCAGCGUGCUGACUGGCAUCGUUGCUACGUUUAUCAGCCACACGGUUGCUGCCCUAAUUAUCCUGCCGCUGGUCGCGUCUAUUGGCAAGGAUAUGGAGGAGCCGCAUCCGAACUUGCUGGUCAUGAGCGCUGCUCUCAUGUGCUCGGCUGCAAUGGCCCUGCCUACCUCUGGCUUCCCAAACAUGACUGCCAUCAUGAAGGAGGAUGCUACUGGCCAGCGAUACCUGACGGUCAAACACUUCAUCACCCGUGGUUUCCCAAGCACUGUCAUCACUCUGGUUAUCGUGGUGACCGUUGGCUAUGGUGCCAUGAGGGUAAUUGGCCUGUAA